AUGGAGGAAACUUCUGAGGGAGUUUUGGAAGAAAUGGAAGAAAUAACAUCAAGUGUAAAGCCGUCUGGCCCAUCGUCAAGCAGCGAGGAACUGACAAUGUUAUUCGAUGAAGAUGCUUUCCACAUGAAUAUUGCGAUUGAUAUUGUUGAAAAUGAUGACCUAUCGGUGGAAAAUGAAUUUAUAAACGCGUUGAACGAGAAUGAUGGUCUUAUGGUUUAUCCUUGGCAUAUGUAUAACAAGAUUUGUAAAUCGAAAGGCGGUUUGACAAAGCACAAAAAAUCAAAACAUGUCGACGAUGUUUCUGGCACCUCUGAGGGUUGCUAUACAACACCACUCGACAAAAACACAAUGAACUAAAUCGUUAACACAAUGAAGCAAAAAUUAUCGACGAAAAAUUGUAUGGAAACGAAAUAGAAUCCUCUAUUAAAAAUGUUACUGCGACAGAAGCACUCUUCAACGAGGUUGAGUCUUUAUACUCGAAAUUUUGUAAAAACAAGAAUCAAGACAAAUUGCUAAAAAUCUUUCUAUGGUUUAAUGCUAAAGUCAACGACUCUUCUUGAUUUGGCAGACUCUCGUAUUACCAACCUUGUAAUGAUACAUAUUCCAGACCAUUUAAUAUCAUUCUAUAAUAUAAGUGAUCAUUCUAUAAUAUAAGUGGAAGAGGUGAUGCUUCAGUCACCACCACUGAGAAACACAACAAAAGAAUGUGAAAAGAUUGAAGCAUGUGAAAUGGGACCUCUUUCCUAUAUUGCUGGAUAUCUUGUUAGGAAAUUAACGAGUGCAAGAAAGAAAAAGAGUGAAUCAGAGAACACUGAACUCCAAGGAUUACUUGGGAGCCUGCAGUCGGAGCAAGAAAAUAACAGCUUUAUACAAGCUAGAAACAGAGGUGGUCUUGUCAACCCAUCAGAUGACCCCAUAGGAAUUUUGCAAGAGGCAAAAAUAAACUUUCGUAGAGAG